GGCCCCCUUACCCAUAAGUUUUGCCGGGUUUCUAUCAAUUCCUCGCUCUUUCGCCUCUUCGCAUCAGCGCUCCGGAUAUUACCCAAAUGAAACUUCUUCCCCCCCAACCGCACAUUCAAUGGGAGGAUGAAAAAGUACAACAACAUUUCGGCCUAAAGAGCCUAUCCAUACAAGAUCAUAUUGGUUAACUACGUUUAACUCCCUACCUACCUAGGCUCCAUAAAUAAAUCAUUAUCAUCAUCAUCAGCAGCAGCAUCAUCAUCUUUAUCAUCAUAGGUCAUGAAUUUAUUUAUUCUCUGAACUCUACUAUCGUUCUGGCAACGCUAAAUAAAUCAAUCAGUGUCGUAAGGAAACGCUGAACCCGUCAUCGAUCUUGCUAUAGAUCUCAUGUCUUCGGCUCCGCUAUUACAUACAAAUAUAUACCCCUUGUCCAUUAUACAGGAUCACCGCUAUAAGAACUAGGUACUACUACGUUUACAGGUUAGGUUCGGCUAGUUCCCCGGCUCGGAGAUAAUAUUUUUUAUUUUUUAUUAUUUUAGUCUGCUUUUGAGCUGUCAAAAUCUAGGCAAAUAGCGUAUCCCGUUUGCUCUUUUCUUUCUUUCUUUACUUCACCAACAAAGCUUAGACAGGCGUACAUCGUUAGUUGACGCCACCAACGAAGAUUUGCUUGGCUUACCUUAGGUACCUACCUAACCUAAAGUAACGUCUUCGAGCGUUUUUGAUUUCUGCGUCCGGAAUCAUGCCGGACCCUGAAGCCGCCACGCUGAACGUCCGCGAUGACGAGAACCCCGAUUUAGAGAAGGGCGCCAAGUCGUCUAGCCACAACACGCGCCGGAGCUCCUUGGCGAGCACCGCGCAAGGCGAGGAUUCUUCGGGGAGUGGAAACAUGCACGCUGCCGCCCCUGCGGCCCCUGGCCGACCAGAUAAUGCCAGGCCCGAGGGCGCGGCACCCCCCGAUCCCGAUGCCCAACCUGCGGAGCCCGAGGCCGGACGCACCAAGUUUCAAACGACCAUUAUCAUCUUCGCGCUGUGCUCGGCGUUGUUUCUUGCUGCCCUCGACGUCACCAUCGUUACUACUGCGAUCCCCACCAUCACCGAGCAAUUCCAGUCCCCGGCCGGUUACACCUGGAUCGGUGCCGCUUAUCUGCUAGCGAACAGCGCUACGGUCCCCAGCUGGGGUAAGAUCAGCGAUAUCUGGGGCCGCAAGCCGGUCCUCUUGGCGUCUGUCGCCAUCUUCUGGAUCGGUUCUCUGAUAUGCGCCUUGAGUAUCAACAUCGGCAUGCUGAUCGCCGCCCGUGCCAUUCAAGGUAUUGGUGGCGGUGGCAUCGUCGUGCUCACUAAUAUCUGUGUUAGCGAUUUGUUCUCCAUCCGCAAGCGAGGCAUGUAUUAUGCUUUCUUCGGCAUGGUCUGGGCUAUAGCUUCUGCGAUUGGACCCGUCUUGGGUGGUGUCUUUACUUCCAAGGUCACUUGGCGUUGGUGUUUCUACGUGAACUUGCCCAUUAGCGGCGUGGGCUUUUUCGUCCUCCUAUUUGUGCUCAAAUUGCACAACCCGCGAACCUCCGUCAGGGAGGGCUUGGCUGCUAUCGAUUGGUUAGGUAGUCUCCUGAUUGUCGGCGGCACUUUAAUGUUCUUGUUCGGGUUAGAAUUCGGCGGUGUUACGUACCCCUGGAAUUCGGCACAGACUAUAUGUCUGAUUGUGUUCGGUGUUGUCACCGUCGGCAUAUUCGUUGCCGUUGAGAAGUGGUACGCCAAGUACCCCGUCAUUCCGCUGCGGCUCUUCCAGUUUGGGAAGAACAUAUCGACUUUCGCCAUCUGCUUGGUUCACGGCGCUGUUUUCAUAUCCGGAAGCUACUACUUGCCGUUGUACUUCCAGGCAGUUUUGGGUGUGUCGUCGCUACUCUCUGGCGUUUACAUAUUACCAUAUGUGCUCUCGCUUUCGUUUAUGUCGAUCGCCUCAGGUAUUUUUAUGAAGAAGACUGGUAAAUAUCUACCAGCCAUCAUCUUUGGCAUGUUCUUCAUGACACUGGGAUUUGGGCUAUUUAUCGAUCUCGGUGCCCAAGAAAACUGGGCCAAGAUCAUCAUCUUCCAAAUUAUUGCUGGUAUCGGCGUGGGACCCAACUUCCAAUCGCCACUCAUCGCCUUACAAACGACGGUCGAACCUCGCGAUAUUGCCGCGGUAACAUCGACUUUUGGAUUCGUGCGUCAACUCUCGACGUCUAUAUCUGUCGUCAUUGGCGGUGUGGUGUUCCAGAACGGAAUGGAGAAACAGUAUCCAACUCUUCUGGCCCAGCUUGGGCCAGAGCUAGCCAACCAACUUUCUGGUGGCAGUGCCGGUGGCAACGUUGGCCUUGUAGCCUCCCUACCCGGCACCCAGGGCGAAAUAGCCCGCGCGGCUUACUGGUACAGUUUGCGCGAUAUGUACAUCAUGUACGCAGCGAUCGCCGGCGUAGGACUUCUCAUCAGCCCAUUCGUCAGCCAGAGAAAGCUCAGCACUCAGCACCAAGAACAUAAGACGGGCCUUCAGAGCCUGCGACCAAACAGAGAGGGUAAUAAGCCCUCGGAAAAGCCUGCUGAGUAGUGGAGGUUUGCUGAGGUUAAGCUUUUCUUUUUUUUUUUUCGGUAUGGGUGACGUAUUGGACGGGAUAACUCGCAUUUUGGGUUUUGAUACGCAUCAACGAUACCUGGGAUCUUGGAUAAUACAUACAAAUUUAGAGGAUGAUAUAACAGCAGGUACAUACCUAACUCAGGUACUCCUGGCUACGAGCUACCUGAUCAUCUGAAGAUAUUCUUGCGAUUACUUAAUACACAUAUAAAUGGAUAUAAUGGAUAUAAUGAAUCAACAUAACUUCAAAACCCAAUAAU